GCUGGCCGCCAGCUCCUGUCCCGCCCCAGCUGCAGAGGGCCCCAGGAGCUCCAGAACGGGGCUGCUCCCAAGCCUGCGGACGGACAUGGGGGGAGCCGGGAGGCCCCUGCUGUGAAGGUGGCAGCACAAGGGGUGCCACGAGCCCGUCGCCCUUCGGCCUGGCGAGAGCCCCAGUGUGGCCACCAUGGAGACACGCAAGCGGGAGAUGGAUCUGCUGAGCAACAGCAUGGCCGCCUACGCCCACAUCCGAGACAAUCCUGAGAGUUUUGGCCUCUAUUUUGUCCUGGGCGUCUGCUUCGGCCUGGUGUUAACCCUCUGCUUGCUGGUGAUCCGCAUCUCCUGCCGGCCGCACACCCGCAGCCUCCCUGCCAAGCCCAGGAGGAGCCUCCGGGAUGUCAGCGAGGAAGACGAGGAGGAGGAGGAGGAGGAGGACACGGUUGACAACGUGGCGACGGAGUCCCCGCUGCCCAUCACCGAGAUCCCCCUGGAGAACCACAGCCCGGCCGAUGGCACCUUGACUGUCAACGUCUUUGCCUCGGCGGAGGAGCUUGAGCGGGCCCAGCGGCUGGAGGAACGGGAGCGCAUCAUCCGGGAGAUCUGGCGCAACGGCCAGCCGGACAUCCUGGGCACGGGCACCGUGGGCAGAGUGCACUACUACUGACUGCGGGCACGGGGCCUGGCUGCCCAGCUCCCUGAGCUCGACUGUGAUGGCAGCCCCUCGGCCACGUGGGGCCCUGGUAGGCGGGCCCCCUGCACGCGCUGCUCUUGGGCACCCUUUCCGGGAGUGCCUGUGAGUCUGGAGAUGUUCCCCAGCCCUUUGCACAGCCCCUGGGCACCGUGUCUGUGUGCGAGCUGGGCGGGGCUUGGCCCCCUGAAAUGCCCCGUUAGCUGGCGCCAGCUGCGCGUGGCGUUUGUUACUGGCGGAGCCAGGAUCUGCCGAGCACCAGGCUCCUCAAGGCGCUGCUCUCGUUAACUGACUGCGCAGGGCCCCGCUAACGGCGCAGGAAGCGUCGCUCUCACCGCUGGUGAUGGGGAGCCCCCCCCCCUUUCCCGCAGGAGCUCCCUGCCCCCACCUGAUCAGGGACACGGCGCAGGUCCUGCCAGGCUGGCUUCCCGCCCUCAGCGAACCAAGUGCAUGGGACGGCAGCAAGGAGAGAACUGAGUGCCCAGGAAGCCCAGCCCCUGGAAGGGUCCUGCUGGGGCAUGGAUGGACUGGGGCUCAUGGACGGACACUCCCAGAACUGGCCACCAUGGGUGGCUUCGUCCCUUCCUCUGAAACACCUGGUACUGGCUGGUGUUGGAGGGACAAUGCCAGGCUAAUGGGUUCCCCCGGUCCAGCCCCCACGUAGUGCAGAGUGCUAGGUAAGGUCGAGCUUAAAGGCUAGGGGCAGCGCGAUAGUUAUCGGUCUGUUAGCAGUAGUUCCUGGGGUGCUCGUGUCACAGUGUGUGGGGGAGUCAGGGCCCUGCACCCCCCACUUCCUGCGAUUCACCGUGACUCUUAGCCAGCCAGUAAAAGAGGUGGUUUAUUAGAUGACAGGAACAGAGCUUGUAGGUACAGAGAACAGGACCCCUCAGUCAGGGCCAUCUUGGGGUGUGGGGAGCCCAGACCCACGUUCUGGGCCUCUCCCAAUCUCCCCAGCCAUCUCCACACUGACACUCCCUGCAGCCGGCUCACCCCUGGCUCCUCCUCCCGCCUUUGUCCAGUUUCCCGGGCAGGGAACUGCCAACCCCCUCCUGGGCUCAGGUUACGGAGGGCAGUCGCCAGCCUUUAUGUGCUGGUCCCCAAGUAUCAUCCCCCAGUGAAGUCACCCCCUUAUUUCCCAUCCCCAUCUCGUAUUAAUGCAGACAGUAAACUAGUAAAACUCCCAUGCACCAUUCCCAGGUUAAUCCUCCCUGCUCCAUCCCAGCUCGGUUCAGCUGCCCAGCCAUGCCCACGGCUCCGGAGGCCGGCAUGGGGAUGGGCUGCCCGUUGGCUGUGCAGUGACUGGCUUUGCAUUCCUGCACGAGCGGGUGGCGCUGCAGGUGGCCUAGGGCAGCAUGGUCCUGCAGAGCCCGUCCGAAGGGCUCUGUGCCCAUGGGGGCAGUCCCAGCCCUUGCAGGAGAAGGGAACCCUGCUGACCCCCAUGGGCGUGUGGCUGGACCCCUUCCCUAGCACUGACAGGUGCCUGCUAGGCCCAUGCACGUGUCUGGCCCAGCAGUCCAGCCCCCUGCCAACCCCUCAGGCCGGCAAGCCCCAGAGCUCGUGGUGCUGAGCCGCCAAGCCCCCCAGGGCACCAGCCAUCCUCUUGGCCACUGGCUGCGGGUGUGAAAGGAGCCAGGCGCCCAGCAGCUGCAGGGAGGGUGAUGCUGAACUGCUGCUGGUGUGGACUGUGUCUCACUCCGGUACUAUAGGAGGGAGGGACAUGGGCAGGGGUUUGGGCCCAGGACCAUGACUCUUACACUCUGGGGACCCUGUCUGGGCUAGGCCCUGCCAAUGCAGCUGGCUGCUGGGCUUUCUUGGGCCAGCGACAGGGGGUGGGGGCUGCUGGAGAUAGAGAGCGAGACCCCCCCCCACACUUCACCCCCAGGGAUCCUCUCCAUGGGCUGUGUCUCCCCUCCACCCGAGGGGCAAGGGCCAGGGCGUGGUGUUGCUCUUGGACACUGGGGUGGUACCGUGUAGUGCAGGGACAUUGCUGCACCUUGAGCAGUUGGUACGAUUCCCUCUGCCCACGCCGUAGCCACUCCCUGGGGAGCUCCAGGAAGGGAAGUCGCGGCAGCGCUGCCCCCACCCGCUCCAGUUUGGAGCCUGGCCCCAAACCAGCCCAUUGGCUGCUCAGCACGGUGGGUGAGGUUGGUUACUGGUGCUUCCCCGGACAGCACCGCCACAGCACCCUGGUCUGACUGGGAGGCCCAUGCUGCUUGGUAGGUGCCCAGCCAGCCUGUUCCCAGAGCGCGGGGGUGGGGGGUUAGACCAAGCCUGACCUCUCACUGCGGAGUUUGCAAAGGAUGUUAAUUGUGGCAAUACGGUCAGAGCAUUUGGCCAUCACUGCCCGGGUCAGGGGCUUGUGCCCAGGAGCGUAGGGGAGCCCCACAGCAGCAUGCAGUGUCUGGCUCUGGCCAAAGGACGGUCUGGCCAGUGUGGGGCCCUUC